AUCUUCAUCUUCUCCUCUUCCCCUUUCUCACUCUCUUCUCUCCUGCUUGGACUUCUUCAUCUUCUUCCCUUUCCUCGAUUCCCAGAAGAAGUGAGUUCAUCAAAAUAUGGAUCCAGAUUCAGUGAAAUCGACUUUCUCUAAUUUAGCUAUGGGAAAUGUUAUGGCUGCUGCUGCUCGCAAUCUUCAGAAGGAAAUGAUUGUUCAAGAGAAGACACAGGCAUCAAGUUCAGUUAAUGACGAUAUUGAUCUUGAUGAGUUGAUGGAUGAUCCAGAGCUAGAGAAACUGCAUGCUGAGAGAAUUGCAGCACUACAGAAAGAGGCUGAGAAGCGACAAAAAAUGAAGAAUCAAGGCCAUGGAGAAUAUAGAGACAUUACUGAAGGGGAUUUCUUGGGUGAAGUUACUGGCAGCGAAUUAGUUAUCUGCCACUUCUACCAUCGGGAGUUUUAUCGAUGCAAGAUAAUGGAUAAGCAUCUGAAGGCGCUUGCACCCAAGUACCUUGGUACUAAGUUCUUAAGACUGGACGCUGAGAACGCUCCCUUUUUCAUAUCCAAGCUCGGAAUCAAAACCUUGCCAUGUGUUAUAUUAUUCAAGAAAGGAAUAGCAGGUGAUAGACUAGUAGGGUUUCAAGACCUUGGAGCUAAAGAUGAUUUCCCGACUAAGAGACUAGAAAAUCUAUUGAUCAAGAAAGGUAUUAUCAUAGAGAAGGAAAAAGAUGAAGACGAGGAUGAUUAUUCUGAAAGUAAACGCACGUCGGUCAGAUCAUCGUUGAACCUUGGUUCAGAUUCUGAUUAGUGAUUUUACAGAAGGAAAGAAGGCAACCCUUUUUUUUGUUCACCUUUUAUGUACUGAUUAUCAAGUUCGUGUGAUAAUCAGUUCUGUAAGCCCUUUAACUUUUUUGGCUCAUAAAGUCAUAAUCCUUGUGUGUUGUGUUAGUGGAAACGUUUAAUAUGAAAGUAUAUUUAACAAGAAUUAUAUGGAGUAUUUCGUACACAUAGUCUUAAGAUAAGACUAUCCAUGCGUCUUGUUUAA